AAAAAACUCUUUUCUUCAGAAAGCAUCAGCGCAUGAUCAGACAAUGCCCACUAAACUGCCGUAAACACAGCUUCUAAAUCUGCUUGUGGACGGAUAGCUGGAGGAGCGAUCGUGGUUAUGUUUUGUUUAUGACUGGAGGGAGGCGCACAACUGAUAAUGGCAGCAAAAGCUCUCUACUCAGACAGUGUUUAUGCCUACGCCUUAUCGAAGACUCUCAGAAAAGUCCACUCACCUCUGACUGUGGGAUUGUAUUCGUCCUGUCACAGUAGGAUCAGGAUGGUCCUGAGCUGCAUUGAGAGUCAUAUGAACAAUGAGGCAAAGAGAAAAGUGCACAGACGCAACGGGCCGGCAGGAAGAGCAAAGGGUCAUCUAGAGCGAGCCUGCGCUGGAAACCUGUUUUCACUAAUCAUCCGUCUCCUCUUCUUUCGACCUGUGUGGACAGAAGACAACCAGAGCAGAGAAGACGUCCGCUACGUGUUUGUGAGGUUCAGCGCUUGGCACUUUGCGGGCAGCGACAUGCUCUGGGCUGGCCUGGUGAUACAGGUGUGCAAGGCUCUUCAGGACACCUUCGGAAAGCUGCAGCUCAGCCUCUUCCGCGUGGCUCAACAUGACCCGGAAGAGGAUGCUAAGAGAAAGACGAUAGAAGACGGGAUCCGGGACUGGAGGCCUAAAAGAGUUUGCUGCAUUCCUCUUUGGUCCUUUGUGCUGAUGGUUUUCGUCGGUUCAGUUUUCAUUCUGGUCCCCCUUAUUAUUCUUGGGUUUCCCCAAAAACAGGAUGAGGGGGCAGAGGAAGGUGCUAAGGAGAGCGAUGGCUACGGCGUGCUCGAGGGUCUCGCUAUCGCAGCCCUGGGGGUCCCAGUGGCGACUGCUGCGAGGUUCACCUUCAUGCUGGGCAAGAACCUGAUCUUCAACCAGGACAUCAACAUCAGGAGAGGCCUGGACAACAAGAAGGUCAGCGAACAGCUUGGUUUAAUGCACGAGGUUCGAAAAGAAGUGAGGCUGCUGUCGUGCUUUAUUCACUUCAUGGAGGUGUUUGAGAGGCGCAAGAUAAACGUGGUACUAGAGAUCACCAAUUUGGACCGCUGCAUGCCAGAGAAAAUCGUUGGUGUUUUGGAUGCAAUCAACAUUCUUCUGUCUGAUGAGGAAAGUCCUUUCAUUUCCCUAGUUGCGGUGGACCCAGAAGUGCUUACCCAAAAAGUAGACCAGGUGAAAGGCUGCAUCAGUGCAAGGGACAGAGCUUAUGCCCUGUUGGCGCACAUAAUUACACUACCCUUCACCAUUCCACCUCUGUGUUCUGUAUCAAAGUGCAACGUCUUCCAAAAAAUUGUACGAGGUCAGUCUGAAAUUCUCGUUAGUUCCAAGGGACAUGAGGUUAAUUAUUUAUGUGAUUCUAAGACAAACAUAGAAAAUGACACUUUGACAAACAGUAGCCUGAGUACAGAAGGUCAAGCCACUCCCCUGAUCACAAAACAAAGCAAGCCUGAAACUUAUGUAAACAAAACUUACAUAUUAAAUGAGGAUGAAGUAGAAAAGUUAAUCCAAUCUGCACUGAACUGCAUAUCCUUGAAUAACCCGAGUAAGCUUCCCAGCUACAUCUCAGAAAAUACUGUGUCCAUGAGAAGGGUGAUCAGCUCCAUCAGGGUGGCCAUUGUAGUCAUGGAGGCUUUUAAGAUUGAGCUUCCUCCACCUGAAAGAGUCGCCGCCUGGGUUGUGCUGGCGGACCGCUGGCCCUGUCGAUUAAGCUGGAUACUUCAGUGUGUGGAAGAUGAGCAACAGACUCUGGAGGUUCAUGAUAGUCAUUCUGAAAUACCACUUGGUCUUGAUCCCAGCAGGACUCUUUGGGACGUGUACAAUGUUCACAGGGUGGAGCUCCAUGUAAUUGCAGAUGAGGUGGAGAUGUUCCUAGAAAGAGAUGACGAUCCUGAGAUGUUUGAGCAAUUCCUCAAAAAGGACUUCAAAUUCACAGUUGGGGAGAUGGUUCAGCUGAAAUCACAUACAGUUAAUCUUGACUAUUCCAUUCAGAAUGAGUUGGCCAGGAUCAGAGGAAGAAACAGACUGAAAUGCACAUGGAAAAACGCCUUCAACUCUCUGUUUCCUAGAACAGUGCUAAACAUGACUGUUGACGAUGUCUGCAAAGAGAUGUCUAGGAUAAAGCUCCCUGAAAAGUACACCGAGACUGUGAAGGAACAUAAUCUGAAUGGGCGAACACUGCUCCUUAGUGACCCAUCUGACCUAAGAGGGGUCAUGCAUAUGACCCUUGGUGAAUGGACGACUUUUAGGAUUCACUUCCUCGGGGUCAGGUCAGGUGGCCGAAUGGGUCAAAGUAAAUCAGUGAUCUCAAAGCCUAAAGUGGUCAUUUGAUCUGCUCUGGGUA